UUAAGUUAGUUGUAAUUCUAUUUGGGAUGGGAGAAGUUCUUCAAUUUACAAAUCAAAAUGAAAUUCAAAUUGUAUUGUGUGGUGAUAGUACUGGCAAUUUCUUGCCUUAACGCAACUGCGAACGUUGACGAUGAUGAGACGAAUGGCUGCCUGGAGCGCUACCUGAUGCAGAAGGGAAAAUUGCCUAGUCAUUAUCCUGCAAGACAACCAUCAUCAAUCGUCGUUUGCCGUUUAACCACGACAGUCUAUGUCUCAUUUUUAACGCGAUUUUUUGAAGUUCUUAUAGAAAAUCGCAUUAAAAACGGUACGGAGUGUUUGAAAAGAGAACUGAAAAAUGGAGGAACUUUGGAUUUAGUUAUUAAGCUGAACCUCAUUGAAGAGAGCCAGUUAAGUGAAAACGAACAGAACAUUCAAAUAAACGAAACCAGAAACGAAUUAAGACAAGAUUUAACGAAAAUUGCCCGACAAUGUGACACAAAUGAGGAUAAAUUCAUCGAAGUUUUUAAUGAACAAUUUGGAAUCAAAAAUGAGACUUUGUCCGCUUUAGAACACAACUAUUGCUUCGCAAAAUAUGCAGCCGACAACGAUCUGUUAUCAUUGAAAAACGUUAACCUGAAUCCGAAUAACAUUGCAACUACAAAUAUUGACUGCGAAGCUAUUAUUAGGAAAGAACGACGUAGACAAGAGCACGAUGUACGCCAGAAAGCAAAAGCAAAAAUGGAAAAUUCAGUCAAUUGCGUUAUGGACAGCUACCAAGGAAAUGACGUUUUCAAUACGGGAAUUGUUAUGAGAGUUUUGCAAUACGUUGAAUUUCCAAAGGAAACCAGAGAUGCAGAAACGGAGAAAGCUGCAACAAAACUUGCAGAAUUUACGGUCGCUGUCAUGGUGUGCGCUUUGACCAAUAAUUAAAUCAAAAUUUUGUUUUUUUUGAAUAUACAAAUGAAAAUGUUAAGCCGAAUGGUACACAAUGUAAAGUGAUGGUGAGGAUAUUGAAAUAUAGUUGGUUUUUUCCCCUA